CAUUAGUAUUUUGGUUUUGAUAUCUGUUGCUAACAUGUGGAUCAUUGGAGCAAGUGUGCCUUUCACAGUCCUUUCGCUCUAUGUAAGUAAACACUUUAUAAUCACAGCACGUGAGAUCAAAAGAAUCGAAGCCAUCACGAGCAGUCCAGUCUGCUCACACGUGACAGAUACAAUUCAAGGCAUCACGACGGUUCGUGUGUACAAAAGAGAAGGAGUAUUCCUGGAUCGUUUUUACAGUUAUCAAGAUGCAAACAACAGAGCUUUGUUCUGCUAUACUGCUUCCCUCAAGUGGCUUGGUAUUCGCCUCGAUUCUCUAAGUUCAGUCCUAGUUACUGUUGUAACUUUAGCCGGCAUUUUUCUUUCUGGUGAUACAGCUUUAUCAGGCUUAUCAAUAAGCUACUGUCUGCAGCUCACCAACACAGUUCAGUGGAUGCUGCAGGCCAUCGGAGAAACGGAGAAUUACAUGACGUCCGUCGAACGAGUUUUGAGCUACACACAACUUCAACCGGAGCCAGGCUACGAUGCAAUUAUCCCGCACGCUCCCAGAGAUUGGCCUGAAAAUGGUUGCGUCACUUUUCGAAACGUGUCUUUGAGCUAUUUCUUAGGGGGUCCUCCUGUCUUGAAAAAUAUCAGCUUUAGUGCCGCCGCCGGUGAGAAAAUAGGUAUUGUUGGACGGACUGGCGCUGGAAAGUCGUCGCUUAUCGCUUGUUUGUUGCGCAUGCCUGCAAACACCGAAGGAGAAAUCAUAAUCGAUGGCAUUUGUGUUGGUGAUCUCAACGUCCAGGAUGUUCGCACCGCGAUUGCAGUCAUUCCUCAGAGUCCUUUCCUCUUCAAUGACGUGCUUCGUCGAAGUCUUGAUCCAGCUGACAAAUUUACUGAUGAAGAGUUAUGGGACAUUUUGGACAAAGUUAAGCUGAAGUCGACUGUGGUUAAUAGAGAUGGACAACUUUACUGUCACGUGACAGAAAAUGGAGCUAAUUUCAGCGUUGGCGAGCGGCAGUUGAUCUGCUUCGCUCGCGCUCUUUUGUUCGGUAAAAAAGUUAUUGUAAUGGACGAGGCAACAUCCAGUGUGGAUACACAAACGGAUGAACUGAUACAAAGUAUCAUUCGUAAAGAAAUGAAUCACUGUACUGUUUUGACAAUUGCACAUCGUCUGAGUACUUUAUCUGAUUAUGACCGAAUAAUGGUGCUCAGCGAAGGGAAAAUUAUCGAAAUGGAUUCUCCUAAGGUUUUACUGAGCAAUGAGCUCAGUUAUUUUUACCAGCUAUAUCACAGUGUGAAGUCCUAAAGUUUUCUCUAAAGUACGAUCAUGCCAAGUAAGAUUUCCGCUUAAAACAAAGGUUAGAAAGCAUACAAGUGUGAACUACAUGUUGUCAAUAAUUAUAUACCGUUAAAAGGAUUUUUUAUACCAAUCGACUCUCACCGAAAGUUUGUAUUGGAGAAUUUAUCUUAAUUUUUUUCGCAGUAAGAAAUAUUUUUAUUAAUCUCAAAUCGAUAAAGUUUGUUGAUCGUCAUAAGCAUGUAGACAAUGACCAAAAAAAUCAAAGAAUUUGCGUUUUGGUCAUUUUGAGUUAAAAACCAAAGUUGGUAGAAUACGAAGUUUUUUUUUCUUGUCACAUUGUUACACAGCUUCGUCUCAGUUGCCAUGGUGAUUAUAGGCAUUUCAGUGUUCAGUGUAAUACUCUCAUUAGAGAAAACAGUAGUGGAUGUCUGUAGACUGCAUACACUGACAGUUCAUCUGUUUUUACUUUUUCUUAAGUUUACUUGCGCAGUUAAAAUUUUUCGUCUGGACUUAAUGUCUUGCUCGAACUG